UCUUUAAUGCUAGGUGACUCUUGCUUUGCUCACUCUUCUUCUCUCAUACUAUAAUUUUGGUCAAUUUUGCAACACUAUAUUGAUCCUCUUCCUUGUUCUAUCUUCUUCACCCUCAUAUAACACAAACAAGUGUGUUUUGAAGGAGACAAAAAGAGAGAUAUAGAGAGAAAUAUUUAAAAUCUCAAUGGAAAAGGCAUCAUCUAAAUCAAAGAGCAAGAUAUUGAGGCUUAUACCAAGAGCAGCUACAUCUUCAGUUUCAUUCCAAAACCCUCGGGUUAGUGGAAAUUCGAAUAACCUCAAAUCCCAACUAUACCGGGCCUUCUCCGGCCCGAUGAUUUCCAUGAUCCCUGCCGAGGCCCGGGAAGAGUCGAAAAGCUUCGAAACGCAAGAGCCGACUUCACCCAAAAUCUCGUGCAUGGGACAGAUCAAGCACAAGAAAAAGAUCUGCAGGCUUCAGCCCGAAUACGGGCCCGUUAUACCAUCCCAACAGCCCGCGACUCUGAAGAAGAAUCCGUCGGUAAUCAACAAGAUUUUCAACGGUAGAAGAAAAGGCGACGAUUCAAUUAAUCGCGGGAAGCCGCCGCUUCCGGAUAGGGCGCCGCGGCUGAGCCACUUGAUGAGAUUCGCCAGCAGCCGCGACACGUUUGCGUGCCAUGAUUGGGCGACCGAGGAGAGCGGCGGUGGGGAUUGGGGGAGCUACAGCGACGGUGAUGACGACGUCGUUUUUCCGAUGUUGGGGAGUGGGGCCGGCUUGGUGUUGGAGCCGAGGAAGGAGAUUAAUUUGUGGAAGAGGAGGACUGUGGCUCAGCUUAAGCCUCUUAAGCUGAAUGUUUGUUGAGAAUAGAAUGUGAUGUAAAAUAAUUUGUUUUGAUUUACCACAGAAAUUAAGUUGCAUUUGUUAUUUUUUGGUGGCAGUAUCAAGAACAUGUAUGAAGGUGUAAACGGAAAUUGUAAAGAUUGGUCGUAUAUGUGAUGAUUUAUUUCAUAAAUGGUUAAUAACCUAUAGAGUU